ACUGUGUGCUGUUUAAGUGCAGUGUGCAUGGCUCCUGCAGUGUCAGUCCAUCCUCCACAUGCACGGAUCUGACACUUCGCCAUCUGCAGGAUUGAGCAGCGGGGCGGGGAGUGGACGGCUCCUCCAGCGUGUCGCUUCCUGCUUCUUCAACAAGAGUCGCUGUGAAAUCUACAAGACGGAGCGAUCAGUUGUUGUGGUGAGCACAGAUCCUCCCUGGACCUACUGAAUCCAGAGGAGGACCUGCUUGGCUGUUGUUGGAUCAGGUCCAGUAAACUGAGCUCCAAGACCCCACUGGUUCUUCUCGAGUCCUGGUCCUAGUCCUGCAUCCUACAACCAUGGGCUGUUUUGGAAUAAGCACACACUGACUCUGACUGGCCCCAGUUAUGGGAUCCCAAUGGGUUUGGUUCCCUCGGGCAUGCUGCCAGGACAGCAAAGCCCCUGGUCCGGACCUGGAGAGGGAGAAGCACUGGGCUGAGCUGUUUGAUCAGUUGGACCUCAACAAAGAUGGACACAUCGACAUUGCUGAACUACGGGCAGGGUUGGCAGGACGAGGGCUUUCCAAAGGUUCCCUGGAGAGGAUGGUGAAGGCCGGGGACACCAACCAGGAUGGAGUACUGGACUUUGAAGAGUUCACGCAGUAUCUUCGGACCCAUGAAAAACAGCUCAAAAUCAUGUUUAAAAACCUGGACAGGAACAAUGACGGUCAGAUAGAUGCAGCAGAGAUCCAGCACUCUCUACGUACCAUCGGUGUGAACAUUAGCUUUAAGGAUGCCACCAGGAUUUUGCAAAGAAUGGACAAAGAUGGUACCAUGACCAUUGACUGGGAUGAGUGGAGAGACUACUUCCUGUUUAACCCUCUCAGUAACAUGGAGGAAGUGGCACGCUACUGGAAGCGUUCAAUAAUUUUGGAUAUAGGUGAGCAGCUGACAGUCCCAGAUGAAUUUUCCGAGGAGGAGAAAAAGUCUGGCUAUGUGUGGCGACAGCUGAUGGCUGGAGCUAUGGCUGGGUCUGUAUCUCGGACUGGGACUGCCCCUUUAGACCGCCUCAAAGUCUUCCGACAGGUUCACGGUUCGACUGAUUUUAAAGGGAACGUGCGGAGCGGUUUUCAGUACAUGGUGACCGAAGGAGGACUGCAAUCGUUGUGGCGAGGCAAUGGAAUCAAUGUUCUUAAAAUUGCACCAGAAACUGCUAUCAAGUUCACAGCUUAUGAAAAGAUCAAGAAUGUGAUGCGUGGCAGUGAUGAAAAUAGAAAUCUGAGGGUUUAUGAGAGGUUCAUUGCCGGCUGUUUGGCUGGAGGUACAGCUCAGACAGCCAUCUACCCGAUGGAGGUGCUGAAGACCCGUCUCACACUCAGAAAAACAGGCCAAUAUUCAGGAAUAGCAGACUGUGCCAAACAUAUCAUACAGAGAGAGGGUGUCACAGCCUUCUACAAGGGCUAUUUACCCAACAUGCUGAGUAUUGUCCCUUACGCCGGCAUCGAUCUGGCUGUCUAUGAGACACUGAAAUUUGGCUGGCUGAACAGGAAUAGAGGUUUAGCUGACCCAGGCGUCAUGGUGCUGGUCGGCUGCGGUGCCGUUUCCAGCACUUGUGGACAGCUGGCGAGUUACCCACUGGCACUGAUCCGCACCCGAAUGCAGGCACAAGCUUCAGUGAAGGGAGACCCUAAACCGUCCAUGUUGGCCUUGCUUCACAACAUCGUGACCCAGGAGGGUGUGGCUGGACUUUAUCGAGGGAUUUCCCCCAAUCUGCUGAAAGUCAUCCCCGCUGUCAGCGUCUCCUACGUCGUCUACGAAUACACAAGGAUAAUGCUGGGAGUGGACAUUGAGGGUAGGAGGGGUGGGAAAGAGAAGGGAUAGAAAAAAGUUAAAUGGUUUGGGGUGGCUUUCAACUACAAGCACGUACAGAUCUAUUGGCAAUGCAUGAGGAUUUGGGCCUACAUUGUCCUGUGAAGUCUUGAAUGGAUACACCAUGGAAGGAAAAGAGACAAACAACAGAUCAUUAAUAUAUAAACUGUUGCUCACAAAUGGAGGACCUCACCUGAACGGGCAGUUGCUGUGAUGAGUUUCACGUGUGAUAUAUUGCAUUGCAAAGCAUGCCAGCAGUUGUGUGAACGCUAAUUAACUGGCCUCCUGCUCCUGCAUUGGCUUGAACAAAUGAAGACUCGCAUGAACUUGCCUGAGAACAAACUGAACCAAACUUGGAAGCCAUGUUACAUUCCUACAGUAUUAUCUUUUCUUCCAGGUGAAAUGUAGAGAAGAUAAAGGAUUGAUCAAUUUUCCUGUUCUGUAAGUGAGGAGAACCUGAGGUCACUGCACAUCGAUGGAGAAACAAAAUCAGGACUUUGAUUGACUUGUCUUAAACCAAUGUUACAAAUACUACAGAAAUAAUUGGAAUUAGAGAAACGUUAGACUUUAACUUUACUGAACAGUAACUAAGCAGCUGAUGGUGAAACAAUGAAGAGACACUGCCAGUCUUAUCUUUCCUGGAAGGAUUUGUCCUGAGUAAAGCACACCAAAGGAAUAAUUUUACUGAAGUGAAACUUCCAAAGCCAUAUCAAGACUCAUAGAGGACUUGUGAUAACCUCUUGUCUAAAUGUUUCUAUGCAGAGAGGUGUGUAUGUGUCUGCUUUCUUACAUUUCAAACGCACUACAGGGUCCAGUGCCACAUGGUAUUUUCAUAAAGCUUAAGCGCACAAUGUACAGGUCUAACACUGUGGUAAGAGUUAGCUUUGUCUGUAUCAUGAAACAAUAAGAAGAUUGAAUGUGUCAGUAUUUAUUGUGAGAAAUGAAAAUAAAUGAGCGCAUGGUGCGACUUUUGUUAAA